CUCUCCGUGUCAAAAUUACCAAACAGUCCUCACGGUUCUUGAUCAUCUUUUCGAUUUCAAAUUCAAAAUUUGUUUAGCUCGAUUCAGUGUUGAUUGAUUGAUUGAUUGAGAGAGAGAGAGGAUUUGAUCGCGUUCCAUGUCCGCAACGACGUCAUGUUGCUGGUGCUACAGAUGUAGCAGGUUCGUUAGGGUUCUGAGCGCCGCCGCCGACUUACCGGUGGUGUGUCCUGACUGCGGCAGCGGCUUCGUCGAGGAGAUCGGCAACCCGGCCCGCUCCGCCGUCCACGUCGAUUCGCACCCUAGAGCCACUCCGGCUCCGGCUUCGAUGUACAUGACCGGCGCCAACCACCUCUCCGGCUCCAAUCCUCGCAGAAACAACGGCGGUGACCGAUCGGCGGCGCCUAAUCCGGUGAUUGUGAUGCGCGGCGGAGCUGAGGCGGCGGCGAACGAGGAGGGGAGAGGAUUCGGGCUCUUCUACGACGACGGAUCCGGGUCGGGUCUGCGGCCGUUACCGAACAACAUGUCGGAGUUUCUCCUCGGGGCCGGGUUCGACCGCCUCUUGAAUCAGCUCUCGCAGAUGGAUUUGAACGGAAUCGGGAGGUUUGACCAGCGACCGGCGGCGAAGUCGGCGGUGGAGUCGCUGCCGACGAUCGAGCUCAAGGACUCGCACGUCGCCGACGAGUCUCACUGCGCUGUGUGCAAAGAGGCCUUCGAAUUGGGAAACGAAGCUCGGGAGAUGCCUUGCAAGCACAUAUACCACUCCGAUUGCAUCCUGCCGUGGCUUGCGCAGCGGAACUCGUGUCCGGUGUGCCGGUUCGAGCUUCCGACGGACUCUCCGGCGGCGGCGAACCCGGCUGUGGCGGCGAGCGAGGAAGAGAACGCCGCGCUGACGAUAUGGAGGCUGCCGGGAGGCGGAUUCGCGGUGGGGAGAGUCGCCGGCGGGAGAAGAGCUGGCGGCGAUAGGGAGCUGCCGGUUGUGUACACGGAAGUGGACGGCGGGUUUAACGGCGGUGCACCGAGGAGGGUUAUGUGGUCGAGGAACGGUGGGAGAAGAAGACAGAGAGGUGGAGUUGGCCGGUUUGUGAGAAGCAUAUUCACUUGUUUUAACGGUGGCAGGGCAGUUGUGCCUAGGUCGUCUUCUGCUCCGGUGGCGCCGAGUUCAGUGCCGGAAACGAGGCCUGCGCCGGUGAACGAUAGGAGGGCGAGGUCGUCGAAUUCAGAGAGGCCAAGUUCCACGCCGCAGACGCCCAGAACUUGGUCUAUGGAGGUUAACAAUGGGGUUGUCACAUGGUAAAAAGUUUGGCAUACAAAAGAAUUGGAUUUUGGUUCAUACAAAAGAAUUGUUUGGUUCUGAAUUCAUUCACUGUAAAGAUUGAUGGAAAGAAUGGAUUCAAGUUGCUCUCGUCUCGAGCACAUGAAUUUGUCACACUGGAAAUUCUGCUUGAACUUGAGACUCCCAUUUGAGCUCGGAAUGAUCAGGAAGAGAAGAAGAAGAAGCAGAGAGCUCAGCUGAAGCAUAAUUAAGAGCAGCUCCAGCAAGGUACCUUUACGUUGCUUAUCCUAGAGCCCUCGUCAAGUUUGAUGAACAGAAUUUGAGUUAGAUUACCAGCUUUCAUAUAUUUUUUCGUUUUCUCUUUUAGCUAGAUUUUAUAGCAAUCCAUGAAAUUGUAAUUGAAAUUAGAAGUCAGAUUCAGUUCACUGUCCAUCUUACUCUUCUUGUCAUUGUUUCUCAAAAGAUGGCAAUAAUUCAUCUCGAUUCUAUAGUACAUAGUUUACAAUGCCUCUUGUUCAAUGCUGUUCUACUGAUUGGGAGAUUAGAAUGAUUGAGAAAUAUAUUGAACCCAAUUCACAGCUGCAUUGGUUUUUCCUCUUCUUUUAGUUUGGUUGGUGUGUGUCUUUACCUCUUUUGCAGAACCUAAGCUCCAUUAAACUCCAUAUAGACUGUGAGUCUGUGACAAAGUGAUAUCGGCAAAUUUAAACUACAAAAUGCA